AUGUUGCCACUUAACACCCGUUGGACAAAGCCUCAAGACCUUGAUGGCUAUAACAUGACUCUGAUGCCAGAAGCGCUCAUUGAUCCAUUUGGCAGUGAUGCAUUGGUCACGCUGAGCAGCUAUGCGCCAAACAUACGCGAUGCAAAGAAGUACAAAGACUGGGUUUAUGUUGCAUCACCGGUUCAAUACUGCAAAAUAGAGCUGGAGCUCAAGUUGCCGCUCUUGGACCAUCUCUCUGGUAAAUACGCUCUAGAUGCAUCAAAGCAUGCCACAGCACUGAUCAAUGGAAAGCAGUCAAUCCAUCUUUCUCAGCUUGUUGAAGCGCUGGUCUGCAUUGGAUGCACUGCUGUGCGCGUCCAGGCAUAUGGCAUGAAGAGCUCUCUCAAGUGCGUGGAAACCAAGUGGUUUGGAGAUGCAGAUCAUGACCUUGCAGGAGACAACACUUGGGACUUGGGUGUCAUGUACCGCACACGCACCAUACCGCUGUUCAAGCCUGCAGCAUCAUGCGCAACUGGAAUGCAGGUUGAUCCGAUGCUGCUUGCGCUUGGGCGCGGCUAUGGCUCUGUUGACGCACAGCUGCAGUACGAGGAGCAGGACUACCGUGUCAAAGUUUAUCCGCGCCUUGUGCAUCGCCUCAAGGCCCUUGCAGGGAAGCACCCACGGUGGCCACCAAGCUCUGUGCGGAUGAGCAAGGCUCAGCUUUCAUCACUUGA